CUGGCGGGAGUGUUUGCGAGUGGGUGGUCGUGGUGAAGGCCUUGUUGUGCUCUGAGUCCAGUUGACCUGUGCUUUGCUGUGGUUGUGGGGCGAAAAUGGAAGGCGAUUCGAUUUCGAGUCUCGUUGUGGAGGAUGGACUGUGGGGCGGGACCGACGGAUCGGCUGACGAUAGCAUGGCGGAUGGUGAUGGUGGCCAAGUGGCGAGGCCGAUAAGGUACAAACCUGGAGUUGUGGUGCUGAGGGAGAUUGCGAGGCAUCAAAGAAGCACCGAGCUGCUGAUCGAGAAGCUGCCGUUCCAGCGACUUGUCCGCGAAAUCGCGCAGGAUAUCAGCCCUGAUUUCAAGUUCCAGUCCUCAGCCGUGCUUGCGCUGCAAGAGGCUUCCGAGGCGUACCUGACUGCGCUGUUUGAGGACGCCAGCCUGGUGGCGAUGAUUGACAAGCGGGUGACCAUCAUGUCCGGCGAUGUCCGCAAGGCGGUUUUGAUGCGGAAACCGCCAGCAAGGCGAUCGUCAUGGUCGUCUGUGGCGGCAUCGUCGUCUGUGGCGGCAUCGUCGUCUGUGGUGGCAUCGUCGUCUGUGGCGGCGGAGGCGGCGGGUGGCCUGGGAAACGAUGCCCCGCUCCUGCUGCAUGACGCCUUGGCGGCGUGCGGAGCUCAGAUGGACGAGCGGGCCCGUGGGCAUCUGGCAGCGCUGUGGCAAGCGCAGGACGAGCGGCUGGGUGUACUGUGUACCGCGUACACGGCUCAACCGGACAUGGCCGAGCUGUACGACGGGCUGGUGCGGCUGCUGAGCAUGUAGGCUGAGACGGAUUUAUUCGCGGUCGAUUAAAGAGGCACGUGCGAGUCA